CCCAGAAACCAAUCUCGACCUAGGCGGGCAGUCCAGGAGAAUCCAAAGGCGUGGUGGGCGACAGAACCAUGGCGGACGCGGAGAAAAACGCUGUUGCGGAGAAAAACAACGCUGUUGCGACGAAAGAGGUUCUAGCUGAGGCAGCAGCCAUUCUAGAACCUGUAGGCUUGCAGGAAGAAGCAGAGCUGCCUGCCAAAAUCAUGGAGGAGUUUAUGAGGAACUCGCGGAAGAAAGACAAACUGCUUUGUAGCCAGCUUCAAGUAGUGAACUUCUUACAGGCUUUUCUGGCUCAGGAGGAUACUGACCAGAACGCAGAUGCUUUGGCUUCUGAAGAUGCAAGUCGGCAAAAGGCAACUGAAACUAAGGAGCAGUGGAAGGACAUGAAGGCCACAUACAUGGAUCACGUGGAUGUCAUAAAAUGUGCCCUGUCUGAGGCCUUACCCCAGGUUAAAGAGGCUCACAGGAAGUACACAGAGCUUCAGAAGGCUUUUGAGCAACUCGAGGCUAAGAAGCGGGUCCUUGAGGAGAAACUUCAGCUGGCUCAGAAGCAGUGGGUACUGCAACAGAAGCGUCUGCAGAAUCUGACAAAGAUUUCUGCAGAGGUCAAGAGGCGCCGGAAGAGGGCUCUGGAGAAGCUUGACGGAUCCCAUCAGGAACUGGAAACCUUGAAGCAGCAAGCGGGACAGGAACAGGAGAAGCUGCAGAGGAACCAGAGCUACCUCCAGCUGCUGUGUUCCCUGCAGAAUAAGCUGGUCAUCUCUGAGGGCAAGGCUGAGGAGAAAGAUGUCAAAGGGCGAGCCCUUACAGCCAAGUCCAAAUCUCCUUAAAGAUGAAAGGAUAAGAAGAGAGCCGUAUUCAUACCCUGCUUGGGCUGAGACCAGAGCGGUUCCUUCACUGUUGUAUCUCUAGGCCAAAGCCUGGAACUUUGUUGCCUCUGUACAAUCCAAUUCUCCAAGCUGAUUCAAUCUGGCAUCUCUUGGCUUUUCAGUGAACUGUUGUGUUUUGUCUCAUGCUAACUUUGACAGUAUAUUCUGGCUUGUUCUGUCUUCACCUGUGUCUAACUUACUGUCCCUGCAACCUGUCUCUGUAAAAGUGUACCAGUGAAACUGUCACACNCAUGCACGCACGCACACAGGCACGCAUGCCACAACCACCCUUUUCUCUCGCUGAUCUUCAGUAGUCUCUCCUCUUGUCCUCUCUUUUUCUUUGUCUUCUCUCCCUACCAGAUGUGAAAGCAACUUUAUGCACCUGAUGUAAUUGUUGCCUCAGAGGAUUACUGCUGCGUAAGUUCACCCUUUGUAGUUAUUAAACUCUGGCUGGCUGGGUCAACUCAGCUGUACUGGUUCAUAACCUGACUUCAGGUUGACUGAUUCAAAGGGGCCUCUCUUGGCUUCUNACUGAACUGCUCUGCUUGGAAAGUCUGAUGAACUCCAGGAACAGAACUGUACUGACUGCCCUGACUCAACUGAACUCAACUACACCAAAUUCAUUGGUUCUCUCUCCUGUACUGCUCUUAAGUAGCCUCUCUUUCCUGUGCUGUCCUCCUGAGUCGUGCUGUCAAAUCUCUCUCUGAUUCAUCACUUUGCCCCUCAAUUAGACUGGCAAUUUCAAACAUGGCACUUAACAUUUCAGUUGUAGUCACUGAAUACUGCAUUCCGAACUUGAGUCUAUUGAAUCCAGAAUGUGAAUCCAUGCCUUUGUGACUGUGACCUCACUCUCUUCAGUAUUGUGUAAAAGUUUUAGGAACUCUCCAAGUAAAUACUUGGUAAUUGCUCAUUGAUAGAACAGAAAAAUGCUGUGUAGAUAAUAAAUAAACAUAUAACUAUAAGAUUA